GACUGGCGGACGCUCGUGCUCAUGGACCGGACGACCUGGGACCCGACGAACUGCAACCUCUUCCCGAAGACGGCGAAGCUCCUGAGCGACGCGGGCGUGCCCUGCGUCGAGGCCUUCUUCGCGUCGAUGACGCCGAACUCGAAGAUCGCGCCCCACACGGACAGCUGCAACUUCGUGCUCACGAGCCACCUCGGCCUGGAUAUCCCGCCGGACUGUCACAUCACCGUCGGCGACGAGACGCGCUACUGGAAGGACGGCCAGGUCACGAUGUUCGACACGUCGAUCUUCCACGACGCCGUGAACGACUCGGACGAGUACCGCUACAUUUUGAUGCUCCGCGUCUGGCACCCGGAGCUCACGGACACGGAGCGGGCCGCGCUCCAGUUCCUCUUC